CAUCAGUACGCCCAGAGGGACUACAAAUACCAGUCCUUCCUUGGCUUUUGCCUUUACCAACUUUCCGACUUGUAGAAGAGGUACGUACUUGUCCGGCCUGAAGAAUGCUGAUCGCUCUGCUUCACGUCUUGUUCCUGGCCAGAAGUCUGACUGCGGGGCUGGUGCUAACCGGGGCAUGUGAGACAGACACGGACUGCAUGGGUGCCCGUGGAGAAGGCUGGUGCUGUGCUAAGUGGAACCCCGGCUCCACCCUGUCAGUGUGUAAGAAGCUGGGGGUAGUCAACGACAUGUGUCACACGACGGGCGAAGCUGUUCCCUAUCCCUUCGAUGGCAUACGGCAGUUCUGGCGCUGCCCGUGCGAGGCGAGCCUGGAGUGUGUUCCGAUCACGUCAGAGACCAGCAUCGGGCGGUGUGGCGGGUCUGACGCCGCUGUGGUCAAGCGCGGAAACGUCAACCACGUGUACGACGGGCUUAAUCGACUUGUAUUGGACAGCGAAUUUGAAAUGACCAGUCUCACUCGUUAAAGUAAAACAACGCUGUACAUGAACGCCACCCAGUGGCUACAAUAUGAAUCACAUCGGACACGCUUCUUUCCAGUUAGUCUUUCCAGAGAAAAGCCCUGAAAGUCAUGAAAUGGACAUUUGAAUCAUGACCUCAGAUGAAACAGUUGACAAUAGCUUGACUGCUGGCGGCAAGUAGAAAAGAACAGCUGUGAAUAGAUUAUCCUGUGAUUGUCAAAUAGAUCUGUUAUAUUCGAUAGGAAAACAGCUUACAAAUGAUUUAGCUGACAAACGGAUUAUGGGCCUUUGUUUUUACGGAAAGAUACGGUACAAUUCUCAGCAAACUUCCAUGUGGGUUAU